GGCGCAGAAGCCUCUGAGGCGGGCCGGGCGGAGCGGAGGGCUGACGCUGGCCCGGUACGGGGGUGCCCGCCAGGCAGCGGGGUGGGCUGGCCGCGACCCGGACCCCACCGGGCGCCCCGAGAGAUUUAAGCCUUCUUGGCUUCUAAAGAAAAUGGCAGAAACAUUACCAGCGCCUUCAGGGCAGCUUGUUGUACACUCUGACACUCACAGUGACACCAUCCUGGCCAGUUUUGAGGAUCAGAGGAAAAAAGGCUUCCUCUGUGACAUUACUUUAAUCGUGGAGAAUGUGCAUUUCCGAGCCCACAAAUCCUUACUUGCUGCCAGUAGUGAAUACUUCUCAAUGAUGUUUGCAGAAGAGGGGGAGAUCGGCCAGUCCAUUUAUAUGCUGGAGGGCAUGGUUGCAGACACCUUUGGUAUCCUGCUGGAAUUUAUCUACACAGGUUAUCUCCACACCAGUGAGAAAAGUACAGAACAAAUCCUGGCUACGGCUCAGUUCUUAAAAAUCUAUGACCUGGUAAAGGCUUAUACAGACUUCCAGAAUAAUCAUAGUUCCCCAAAGCCAACGACUUUGAACACUGCUGGUGCUCCAGUGGUUGUUAUUUCUAAUAAGAAAAAUGAUCCUCCAAAGCGGAAACGGGGAAGACCCAAAAAAGUCAACAGUUUGCAGGAGGAGAAAUCAGAACUGGCUGCAGAGGAAGAAAUACAGCUGAGAGUGAACAAUUCAGUUCAGAAUAGACAAAACUUUGUGGUUAAAGGAGACAAUGGUUUACCAAAUGAAGAGAUUCCAACAAAAGAAAAGGAAGAAACUGAGCCUGCUUGUGCACCAGGUAGAGUGGAGGACAUGCCAACUGAAAAAGAUGAGAACUGUGAUCCCAAGACUCAGAAUGGACAGGACAACCAGAGUCGAUACAGCAAACGGAGGAUCCAGAGAUCAGUCAAACUUAAAGAUUACAAACUUGUUGGGGAUGAAGAUGACCAGGGUUCAGCCAAGAGGAUUUGUGGAAAGAGAAAGCGCCCUGGUGGCCCUGAGGCCCGUUGUAAAGACUGUGGCAAGGUCUUUAAGUACAAUCAUUUUUUAGCAAUCCACCAGAGGAGCCACACAGGGGAGCGACCUUUCAAAUGUAAUGAGUGUGGAAAAGGCUUUGCCCAGAAGCACUCCCUCCAGGUCCACACCAGGAUGCACACAGGCGAGCGGCCAUACACCUGUACCGUGUGCAGCAAGGCUCUGACCACCAAGCAUUCGCUGCUAGAGCACAUGAGUCUGCACUCAGGACAGAAGUCUUUUACCUGUGAUCAAUGUGGAAAAUAUUUCAGCCAGAAAAGACAACUAAAGAGCCAUUACCGAGUUCAUACAGGCCACUCAUUACCGGAAUGCAACCACUGCCAUCGCAAAUUCAUGGAUGUGUCUCAGCUAAAGAAACAUAUGCGAACACACACAGGUGAGAAACCAUUUACUUGUGAAAUCUGUGGCAAAUCUUUCACAGCAAAGAGUUCUCUUCAGACCCACAUCAGAAUCCAUCGAGGAGAAAAGCCAUACUCGUGUGGCAUUUGCGGCAAAUGCUUCUCUGACUCCAGUGCCAAGAGGAGACACUGCAUUCUACACACGGGCAAGAAGCCUUUCUCCUGCCCUGAGUGUAACUUACAGUUUGCUCGCUUAGACAACUUGAAGGCUCACUUGAAAAUCCACAGCAAGGAGAAACAUGUGUCAGAUGCCAGCAGUGUUUCUGGCAGUAGUAAUACUGAAGAGGUCAGGAAUAUUCUUCAGCUACAACCAUAUCAACUCUCUACCUCGGGAGAGCAGGAAAUUCAGCUUCUUGUAACUGAUUCUGUACAUAACAUCAAUUUCAUGCCUGGUCCUAGCCAGGGAAUCAGCAUUGUCACUGCAGAGAGUUCCCAGAACAUGACCGCAGACCAAGCUGCAAAUCUUACCUUGCUCACACAGCAGCCAGAGCAACUGCAGAAUUUAAUUCUUUCGGCUCAACAGGAGCAAACAGAACACAUUCAGAGCCUCAAUAUGAUGGAAAGCCAGAUGGAAUCCUCACAGACAGAGCCAGUGCAUGUAAUCACACUGUCCAAGGAAACCCUAGAACAUCUUCAUGCCCAUCAAGAGCAAACAGAGGAGCUCCACUUAGCAGCAAGUGCUUCAGAUCCAGCUCAGCACCUGCAGCUGACAGAGGAGCCUGAUCCGCCACCACCCACUCACCAUGUGCCCCAGCCCACACCACUUGACCAGGAGCAGAGCUGACCUGUAAACAACGGUUGGCUGUUCAGUUGGGCUCUUCUCAUAAGCCAGCUAGAACUGGAUUGUGAAUGCUUGAAGUCAGGCUCCCUGAAAUGCUAACUUGCAGGUCCUUCUGUGAGAGAUGUGAUACCUAGCUGAUGUUUAUAAUGCUUUCCAUACAGGCAGCAAGAUGUGUGAUACAUGUGUGUAUCAUGUCUAAUCUGUAAUGAUUUGGAUUUAGCAUUUCAAUAUUGAUGAAUGGUUUUCAUUCUCAUCUACAUCUCUUAAAGACGGGGGUAAUUUUUC